CGAAGAGGCAAACAUCGAGCGCGAAGAAAUCGAUUGGUCUAUACUAGCUCAAGGAAAAGAUAUUGGAUAUUGGACAUCCUUAGUAGGUCGUAGUAAGCAUUUUGAAGAUGGGGUAUUUGUUCUUUUUCCAUCAGACCUAGAGCACGGUAAUGAAUAGUCAACUGCAUAUAAAGGAUUGUCCAGAUAAGGAGAAUUGCCGCCAUUCUCUCAAAGUUCUGGACUGCGUUACCAAUAUUGAGAAAUCUUUAAAUCGUGAAAUUAUUUUAAACGGUUCUAAUUUCUUGACUGGAUUGUUUCGUGUUACUCCUGGUAUAUGGCCGAAAAUUUCCAAAGCUGAGAAUAGAUCAGGACCGUCAAAUUCUUAUCACUCAAUACAACGUAGUGAAUCUCGUGUGAACUUGUGUUCUCAAAUUCAACCGGAAUCUUAUUGCUCAAAUUCUCAAGAAUCCUUACAACUUGCAUCGAUGGAGGUGAGUUGUAUGAUGCAGUAGGAUAGUAGUCACUACAUAUAGCUUAUUGAUGCAUUUAGUACUUGCUGAGCAUAGAUAAAAGAUUGUCGAGAUGUAGUUGGAUUAUAUUUUUAUGGAGCCUGAUAUGAAUAGUUG